UUGCGGAUCAGGAGAAUAUGAAAGAAAAAUAUCGCUCUAGCCAAAAAACAAUCAAAUUCAAUUCAAGAACACCUUGAAUAUGCGAUUGUUUCAUUUUUUGAAAUUUUUGACAAUUAAUAAUUUCAGUAGAUACUGCUUGAAAAUUGUUAAAGUGCAUAUUAUUUGGAUAACAAUUAUUUGUAUUAUUUACUUUAAUUGGCGAUUCAAAAAAUUGGAUUUUAUGGCAAUUCCAUAUCCACCAGCUGUUAUUAAAUUCAACACUUCUGCUAAAUAUCUAUCCAGCAAUUUAGCUUCGAGCAGUCAGUUAGGGAACAAUAUUUUCGAAAUUGCAAGCCUCUAUGGCUUAUCCAAGCAUUUGAACAGGACCCCUCUGUUUUUUAUAGAAAAUGGGUAUCAUAAGAAAAUGUUGGACAAUUUGAGAAAAACGAUGCCAAGGCUAAUGGAGAAGUUCAGAAUUCUUAAUGGAAGCGUACCCCGCUCAAUCAGCGAAACGAAAUUUCAAAGGGCAUGCUGCUUACAUAAGAGUCCGUGGAGUUUGGAAAAAAAUCGAGAUGAGUAUUUGCACCUCUCCGGAAAAUAUUAUCAGAGCUGGAAAUAUUUCCCCAAUAUGCGAAAUGAACUUAUCGAGUUCUUAAAUCCUACAUCGAUUCAAAUUUUUGGCAAUCUGCCAAUUUCCGAUGAUCAAAAUCACGUAACUUGUGUUCAUUCUAGAAGAGGCGAUUUUGUUGAAUACCUCUUCUAUGCGUCGGAUCCAAAGUUUAUGAAAAAUGCAGUAACAUUUCUGAAUGAAAAUGAAAAAGUAGGAAGUAGAAAUCGAAAAAUAGUAUUAUUUGGCGACGAUUUGAAUUUUUUGGAAACUUAUUUUAGUGAUGCAGUAUUAUCUACAGAUGUCGGAAAAAAUGCAGAAUAUUAUAUUUCUCAAAACCCUCCAAUCGACGAUUUUCUCUAUUCAAAAAAUAAUUGUGAUGUGGUACUGAUCACAGCUCCCCGCUCAACAUUCGGCUGGUGGAUUGGGUAUUUUUCGAAAGGAAACAAAGUUUACUAUCUGGAUAUUAAAUACACUGGGGAUCAUAUUUUUGAAUCUGGAGGUCUUAUUGCAAGUGACUUCUACCCAUCACACUGGACGCCUCUGAAAUUUGCAAGCGCUAAUAGUUUUACAGUUGUGAGGAGCUGACAUUAAUGUGUUUUUUUGUAAAUUUACCAGUUUAGUAUUAGCUUCAUAAAUAUUUGAUUUUAA